UUAUUAGGGAUCCUGCGAUCGAAUCGGGCUACAGCAAGGCGAACCCCAUGGAAGGAAGCGUCGGCGAGGAGCUUGCCGUGGGCUGCGUGCUUUCCCUCAGAACCACUCUCAACGACGAAAUCGAAGGCCAAAUCGUCGCCUACGAUCGCCCCUCCAACAUUCUCGUCAUCCAAGAGGGAAGUUCUAAGGCGGGGGCUCGAAGGAACGUCCGGCUUCUUAAAGCCAACUAUAUCAAGGACUUCACGUUUCUGAAGAAGGCGGAGGAUCCACUUGACGUCGACAAGUGCUUCAUCGACCUCGCAGGCCUCCAGGCCAGGGAAGACGCCGCCUUGAGACAAGCAGAGAUUGAAGCUGAGAGGAUUGGAGUCGGGGUGACUAGUGAGGCACAGAGCAUUUUUGAUGCAUUAUCUAAGACGCUCCCUGUCCAUUGGGAUAAGACUGUUAUUGUAGUUAUGAAUGAAGUCUGUGUUAGCAGCCCAUACCUCCCCGAAAACGUCACUGGAGGAACACCAGCUGCCAAUGAUCGGGUGAAGAAAGUGCUUGAGCUUGAAAGGAAAAGGCUACAAGCUCGCAAUUCCAGCCAGGUCUGAUUGCUUCAGCCUGUGUAGAGUUGGCUUCCUGAAUCUGGUAUCCUAGGUUUAAGACAAUAGAAAAGAACUUGUUUAUUCAUCGUUGCGCUAAAAAUGCACGUUCUGAGAAAAAUUGUAAGCGCAUAGUGUUUGUUUUACCUUGAAAAAUUGUAAGCGCAUGAUACAUUAAACCAAAUAAACACUAGCAAGACUUCACUCCAUUGUAACAAUUCUCAUAUGGUUCUGAUUUGUGGAUAACAAAUCUACGUUUGAAAUUGAGCCUUUA